AUGCGCAAAGGACGCCUUACCGGCGAGCUCGUUGAACCCCAGGUGGUUAAGGUUGGCAAACAGUGGGAAGUAGAUGAUGGAGAAGGGGAUAUCUCUGCAGACGAGGGAGGAGAAACUCUGAGCUCCAAGCCGCCCUGGGGCUGCCGCCCGAGACAGAGUCUCGCUCUGUCGCCCAGGCUGGAGUGCGGUGGCACGAUCUCAGCUCACUGCAAGCUCUGCCUCCCGGGUUCACGCCAUCCUCCUGCCUCAGCCUCCCGAGUAGCUGGGACUACAGAGCACAGAGGCUCAUCAGGAAGGACCCCCUGGCAGCCCCGGCCCCAUCCCCACAGCAACGGAAGGAACACCAGUUCCCCAGGUCCCCUACGCUCACACCUGCUGCCCAGCCUCCCAGGGGGCCUGAGAAGCCCACCUCGGUACAUGCCGAAGAAGCCCUCCGCCCGAGCCGUCUUCAUCAGGCAGUCGAUCCUGAAAGCAGAGGCCAGAGUAGGAGCGGGAGGCAGACUGUGA